AUGAGUUACCAGAAUGCGCUUGAGUUGAACAAGGGGCCACAGCCUGGGUCAAAGAGCCCUGGGAGGGCAGGAGGUGCCACCACAGAUGAAGGCCCCUGCCCAGCCCUGCUUGAAAACCAGCUCAGUGUGGGCGACUUUUGCAAAAUACAGAGUGCCUUUGAGCCCUCAGAGCCAUGUCAAACCAUUUGCAUGUCCAGAGAAGAGUUUAUGCAAAGGAUGACAGAGAUUGUUGGUUGGGGCACAAAGGAAGAAUAUGGGGAGCUCUUUGACAAAGUGGAUGUAGCCCAAGAUGGCUUCAUUAACUGGGACAAGCUGACUUCAUUUAUGCUGUUAGCACUUUAUGAGAAAGACGAACGAGCAAAGGCAACUGUGGUUCCCCAGUGGAAAGACCUUGAAUUCCUCCCAGUGAAGCACAAGGACACCAUUCAAAAAGUAAUUUUCUUAAAAAGUUCAAGUCGUUAUCUGACCAUCAGUAAGGAAGGCUUAUUAGGAAUCUGGGGAGAGAAUUUAAAGCUGCAAGAAACACUUCCCAUCACUUCAGAUACCACCAAGCUUAAACACCUGUGGGUGACAAGUCUGGUUUCUCUGGAAAAUGUAAACAAGAUAGCAGUGGCUUUUACGAGUAAAGAGAUUUGUUUCUAUGAUCUGCUGUCCAAAGGAGAAUUUCCUUGUCAAUAUAAACUCCAAGGCCUGAAAGGAACUCCAAUUUGUAUGGAAUAUUGGUAUGACCCCCUUGAUGCCAACGAAUCAGUUCUUUCUUUUGGGGACAUAACUGGAAAGGUUCAAGCAAUUGCUUUCACGGUGGCCUUGAUUUCCCUGUUUGAGUGUCCUGCUAGUGCACAUGAAGAUGGAGAAGCCACAGUGACCAUCAGCUGGGCAGAACUGCUCUCUGGAUAUCACAAAUGUUGCUACACAUUAGAGCAUAAUCUUCAUCAUGGAGACUGGGUCAGGCAAGUUACUUACAAUGCAUCUUUAGAUGCUAUCAUUUCCAGUACAACCAGCAAUACAAACACUGUGGUGCUGGCUUGGAGAGAGAAAUCAAAAAAGCAUCUUAAAAUGACAUCCUUCGAUGUUGCUGAGGGCAUUCAUGCUUUUGAUUACCACUCUCAGCUCAAUUUAAUUGCAACUGCUGGCAUCAACAAUAAAGUUUGCCUUUGGAACCCCUAUGUUGUCUCCAAGCCAGCUGGUGUCCUUUGGGGUCACUCAGCCAGUGUAAUAGCUGUUCAGUUCUUUACUGCAAGAAAACAGCUUUUCAGCUUCUCCAAAGAUAAAGUUUUGAGACUCUGGGAUAUUCAGCACCAGCUGUCCAUCCAGAGGAUAGCUUGUUCUUUUCCCAAAAGUCAGGACCUCAGAUGUCUCUUCCACUUUGAUGAAGCCCAUGGACGACUUUUCAUCUCAUUUAAUAACCAGCUCGCAUUGUUGGCAAUGAAAAGCGAGGCCAGCACAAGGGUGAAGAGCCACAAGACAGCAGUCACUUGUGUUCUUUACAAUUCGGUCUUGAAGCAGGUAAUCAGCUCGGACGUGGGGUCUACUGUUUCCUUCUGGAUGAUAGACACUGGGCAAAAAAUCAAACAGUUUACUGGUUGCCAUGGCAACGCAGAAAUCAGCACUAUGGCCCUUGAUGCAAAUGAGACACGGCUUUUGACUGGCAGCACAGAUGGGACCAUAAAGGUAUGGGACUUCAGUGGAUACUGUCACUGCACACUAAAUGUUGGGAGAGAAGGAGCUGUGGAUAUUUCACAGAUCCUGGUUCUUAAGAAGACGAUACUGGUUACCGGCUGGGAGAGGUAUGAUGUGCUUCAUGCAAAACUAAUCGGUCAUUAUAUCUACAUUCUGAAUGAGAGAUCUGAUCAUCUUCACAGACGACACAGUGACUCAGGAUCUCUGGUGGGAGGAGGAGCUAACCUGGUGUCAUGUGGAGGAUCUGGGUAUGUCAGAUUUUGGGAUACAUUUAAGAAGCAACUUCUGGCUGAGUUUUUGGCUCAUGGUGGAGUUGGAUCCAUUAUUAUGUCUACUGAUAAGUCAAACCAAUACCUCACCACAGGAGAUCUGGAUGGACAACUGAAAAUCUGGGAUAUAAAAGAGUACUGUCUUAAUUCCAGUAAGAGCAAAAUCACACAGGCCCCAGCUCUCAUACGAUCAUUCCGACCUCAUGAAGACCAGAUAAGUUCCUUAGAGAUGUGUAAGCCAGGUGGCCGCUUACUGAUUAUCUCCUCGUCGGCAGACUGCAGCAUUUGUGUGACUGAUGUCUGUGGUGCUCCUGUCUGGAUCUUUGGUCAGGCAAAGCAUUGGCAAAAUGAAAACUGUUCUUCCCUUCCUAAAAGAGAUACUAACUUAAUGAAAAGUGAGAUUCAAGAAGAAAGCAUAAGGGAAAUUCCUUUACUUUCUAAGAAGGAAUCAUGGUUAGACCUACCAGAACAUUCUCUACUUGAUAAGAAAAACAAAGAUGAUACCACAUUCAAUGUCAGACCAUCAGAAGUCAUAAAUUUAGGUAUAAAAUAUAAGGAAAGAAAUAUCUUCAGGAAAAAAACACAUAACCUUUACAAUGGUGAAGUUAUGCAAAAAUCACCCACCUCCCCUAAAACCUACUGUUACGAAGGUGCAUUUAGGUCAUUAAGCAUCGGAGCCCUGAAAGAGCUGCCUGAAGUGAAGAAACCAGCUUUUCUUCUGGACCUGGAGACAUACUUUAGAGAAAAGCCAGAGGAGGAGUGUUCCCAAAUUCCAGAGCUUCCAUUGCUCUCUGAGACUUUGAAAGCUGUAUUUGAUGAGAAAAACCUGUUCCCCAAAGAAAUUCUGGAUCGGGAACGAAGAGCCAAGCAAUUAUGUCAAGAAACAAGUAGUGAAGUGAAGAUAAAAAGAAAUAAGAAGCAAUUAUAAUUGAAAGAGAAAUAAAUAUUUCAUUGUCACAUGAAGUAUGAAUAUAGAAGGCAGAUAAGAAAUCCAGAAUUCUGCGCCUUUCUUUUACUUUACUUUUAAACUUCAGGAAGUUUUGUUUUCAGACAAUGUCUUAAUGUUGCUUUUAUCCAUCACCUUUCACUUUCUGUGUAUUCUUAAUAAAAGAUAGAUUGGACUAAA